GAAGUCAUUAUCCUUUUGUGUUAUUUUACUCCAUCCCUCCACAGCUUACAACUACAAUCCAGGGCUCCGAAAUCUGUUUUUACUUUCUGUAUGUAGAUUUCGAGUAGUGGUCAGAGAUUAUUCUUAUUUUUAAUUGUGACUAACUUUAAAGCCAUUACCUUUUACCUCUAACCAUUUGCUUGAAGUGUAUCUGUUAUCUUAUGUGUCAUGCUGCACAGGGAGGAACAACCAUCCAGAGUUCAGCUUUGCGUAGUUAAUAAUUAAUUCUCUAGGAGGACCUUGUAAAAAAAAAGGAUCAGGCCACAGCAGCCUUUCUUCCUGACAAACAGCGACCAUGGAGCUGGGGCAGCGUCUGUCUGUUUGUCUUCUGCUGGCACUUUGUGCAACAUGGAGUGCAAAUGGAGGGAACAUUUUGGUGUGGUAUACCGAGGGCAGCCACUGGAUUAACAUGAAGCCUCUGCUGGAGAUGCUGAUCGACAGGGGACACCAGGUGACAGUCCUGGUCCCGAGCACAUCACUGUUCAUGAACAUCAAUGAGUCUUCCCGCUUUCGCUACCAACCCUUCAACAUCUCUGUCUCAGUGGAGGACAUGGAGGGGGUUUUUGAAGAGUACUUUCACUUCUCCAUGUAUGAGGUGGAUAAAAUGAACUACUUGCAGAUUUACAUCAGAAUCGUGGAUCUGCUGAAGACCGACAUGGAGUAUUCUUUGAAGUAUUUGGACGGCGUGAUGAAAUCAGAAACCGUCAUGAAGAAGCUGAAGGAGGGAAAGUAUGACCUUCUUCUGGCUGACCCCAUCUACCCAGGCAGUGACUUAGCAGCAGAGAUUUUGGGCAUCCCCCUGGUCUUCUCUCUGCGCUUUUCCUUAGGCAAUAACUGGGAGAGGCAGUGCGGUCAGUUACCCGCUCCACCUUCCUUUGUCCCCAGCACUAUGAGCAAGCUGACAGACAAGAUGAACUUCUCAGAGAGAGUGCGGAACUUUCUCUUCUAUAUAGGGCAGGACAUCUUGAUGAAUAACAUUUAUUGGAAAGAAAUAGAUAAAUACUACUCUGAAAUCAAAGGGACACCCACCAGUGCCUGCGAGAUGAUGGGUAGGGCAGACAUCUGGUUGAUACGAACCUACUGGGAUUUUGAUUUCCCUCGUCCUUUCCUCCCUAACUUCAAAUUCGUUGGUGGGAUCCACUGCAGACCUGCUAAACCUUUGCCCGAGGAUAUGGAGGAAUUUGUGCAGAGUUCAGGAGACGCUGGCAUCGUGGUCUUCACUUUGGGAUCUUUGAUCAAGAACGUCACCACAGAGAUGGGAAACCUGAUCGCCUCGGCCCUCGCUCGCAUCCCACAAAAGGUGCUGUGGAGAUACAAUGGAGAAAAACCAGAGACUCUAGGUGCCAACACCAGAAUAUACAACUGGAUCCCUCAGAAUGACCUGCUGGGUCACCCCAAGACCAGAGCUUUCAUCACCCAUGGGGGCACAAAUGGGAUUUAUGAGGCCAUCUACCAUGGUGUUCCUAUAGUGGGCAUCCCCAUGUUCGCUGACCAGCCGGAUAACAUGGUCCAUAUGAAGGCUAAGGGAGCUGCAGUUAUCAUGGACAGAAACUUAAUGAAGACUGAAGACCUGAUAGAUGCCAUCAAUGCUGUCAUCAAUGAGAAAUCGUACAAGGAAAAUGCCAUACGGCUGUCCAGCAUCCACCAUGACAGACCCAUGAGUCCUCGGGAUGAGGCCAUAUUCUGGAUCGAGUUUACCAUGAGAAACAAUGGGGCCAAGCACUUGAGGGUCCGGGCCCAUGAGCUCACCUGGUACCAGUAUCACAGCCUGGAUGUCCUUGCCUUCCUCCUCUCCGUCGUUCUGCUCCUCAUACUACUCUUCAUCAAGACCUGCAGUUUCUGCUACCGGAGGUGCUGUAGCAGAAAGGGAAAGAAGAGAAAGGCUGAGUAGCGGACUGAAUUGAAAUGAUGUUGGUAAAGAAGAGAUGGGUGAAAAAAGAAACAGUUCGAUGGUUGUUCUGCUGGACUACAUAUGUAAUGUAACCACAAUGUCCUGAAUUUGAAUUUGUGGCCAGGGACCAGUAAUCUUCAUCAUUUUGAAACAACUAAUUACGGCAAAUACUUUGAAAGUCUUGGAAAAAACGGGUUUACAGCAUCCAGUAUUUUUGUUUAACUCUUCUGCUUAAACAUUCCUCUGUAACGAAUGUCGAGCUGGGAUUUUGUUGUUUACCACCAUAAACUCAAUAACUUGAAGUAAAAACACUCAUAUCUUCUACCUGGACAAAUACCAUGCACAGUAUUUGCUUUUCAGUACAAGACUACAUUUCUCAUUUGCUCCCUCAUGUAUGGCCAGUAAUUUGUGCAUUUGUUCACAGGUGUGUAAUAAUUUGCAUAAUUGCACCUGAGGCCAAUUUGAUAUUAAAAGCUCAAUGUUCAUUGGCUGGUGUAUGUUUGGGAGGGGAAAAAAAAAAAA